AUGGCUGCCCAGGCAACGUUCAAGAGCAUCAAAGCUGUGAUUCCUCUGCUCGACCGUGUGUUGGUCCAGCGAUUCAAGCCUGAAACAAAAACAGCCUCUGGGAUUUUCCUACCCUCGUCUUCGACCACUACGCCCUUACCCGAAGCUACUGUAAUUGCCGUGGGCCCUGGAGCGCCUAACAAGGAAGGGAAUGUUGUUCCUACUCAGGUCAAGGCUGGGGACCGGGUGUUGCUUCCUGGUUGGGGAGGGAAUUCAAUUAAAGUAGGAGAUGAGGAAUACUACUUGUUCAAGGAUGCAGAGAUCCUUGCGAAGAUCCAGGAGUGA